GAAUGAAAUACUUGGGAUUUCAGACGGUAUAGAAGACCUGGGAACAAUUAGAUGGCAGAUUGCUUUGUGUUUGCUUCUUACCUGGACUUUGACCUUCUUCUCCCUCAGCAAAGGGGUCAAGAGUGUAGGAAAGGUAGUCUACUUCACAGCUCUGUUUCCAUAUGUUGUCCUAACCAUCUUAUUCUUCCGUGGUAUCACUUUGGAUGGAGCAAAAGAUGGAAUUAUUUAUUACCUGACACCAAACUUUGAUAAACUAAUUGAAGCACAGACUUGGGUCUCAGCAGCUGUGCAAAUAUUUUUUGCCCUAAGUCCGGCUUGGGGAGGUCUUAUAACAUUGUCUAGUUACAACAAGUUCCACAACAACUGUUUCAAGGAUUCUCUUAUUGUUGGUGUGGGCAACAUCUGUACGAGCAUAUUUGCCGGGUUUGUUAUCUUCAGCAUUGUUGGUUACCUGGCUAAAGAAUUGGAUAUGCCUGUUGGGGAUGUUGUCAAACAAGGUCCUGGGCUGGCUUUUGUCGUUUUCCCAGAUGUAGUAACCAGAUUGCCUGUUCCUCCUCUGUGGUCAUUUCUAUUCUUUUUCAUGUUGAUUACAUUGGGCAUGGGCAGUGAGUUUGCUUUGCUAGAGACUGUGAUGACCGCGGUGCAGGACACCUACCCUCCUCUCAGACAGAAGAAAGUUUUUGUGGUUCUCACUGUAUCAAUCAUAGGAUAUCUCGGUGGCCUCAUAGUCUGCACAGAGGGCGGCAUGUAUGUUCUUCAGCUGAUGGAUACGUAUGCUGCCAGCUGGGCUGUCUUCAUUAUGGCCAUUUUGGAAUGUAUUAUUAUCGCCUGGCUAUAUGGUGCUGACACGUUUAUCCGAGACAUCGAAAUGAUGAUUGGGCGCCGAAGCCGAGCCUGGCACUUGUUCUUCACAUUUUUCUGGAAGUUUUUAACACCAGCCACACUUAUUUUUCUGCUGUUCUUCAACUGGAUUGACUACAAACGGAUGUCAUACAAUGAUAAAGUAUACCCCAUGUGGGCGGAGCUCUGCGGCUGGCUCAUGGCUUUUGUUCCUAUAUUUAUUAUCGUUGGCUUGGGUGCCUGGAGAUUCUACCGCUCACAGAAGGAGAAGAGUUUGAGAGAGAAAAUCAGGCGUAUGUGUCACCCAACGCCAAAGUGGGGCCCAGCACAUCAGAUCCCUAAAUACGACCAGGUGGACAUAGAAAGUGGAAAAUCCAGAACAGUAACUAACCCGGGAUUUUCAGCUCGCAGCAAUCCGUUUGAGACUAGGAUAUAA